GAGAGGGGAGAGAGAGAGAGAGAGAGAGAGAGAGAGAGAGAGUCUGUUUGAGACACUCAGGUUGUCUUCGGAUUCAGUUUCGUAGCUGCAUUCAUAUUAUCAAACUUUUCACUGAGUGUCUAGAGUCGCAGUAUUUUGUUUUGUUUGAGACGUCAGAAAACAUUUUUUUUUUGGGGGGCUGUUUAUAAAGGGGGUCAUCUUUGCUGGCAACUAAACUCAAUUUACCCUUGCAAUGUGAUUUUUUUAAAACUCGAAAACUUUCCACAAUCCUGUUCAGUUUGACGCUACAAUAUAAUCCCUUGGUGUCGGUGUUAGUUUCCUACAUUUUCCUUUCAUUGAAGCUACAGACAGACAGACAAUGUCGCAGUAGUAUAGGAAUUUAGAAUUGAAAUUACAUUUCAACUCUGUUUCAACCCAGGAAGAAAGACUAAACAGACAUCUUUCUUUCUUUCUUUCUUUCUUUCUUUCUUUCUUUCUUUCUUAUAUACAAUAUGGACUAAUAAUAAACCAACAACCACUUAAAUGCUGUAAAAAAUCGAUUUUUCUACUACUUAGGUAAACUACACGUUUACAUUACAAUACAAUAUUUAUUUAAAAAAAAAAAAAAAAAAAACAACCUCUACAUUCCAAAUUAUGCUGUUGCCACGGAGAUGACCUCCGCUCACCUUUCACCCCCCCACCCUCCGCACUUCCUCUCGCUGUGCCUGCUGUUUUUAUUUUUACGGAGCAGCACACUUGUUGUCACAGAAGGGAAGUGCUUGCAUGACGAAGUCCAAGGCACUAUUUCUGUGGUGACUCCGCCCCGCCGGGCCCGGGCCACGCCCACCAGCAGGGUAGCCACGCCCCCUAUGAUGCCGAUUAGAAUCCAGACCUGGUCGUUGGGCGGAAACUCGGAAUUGGAAACCAAUGAGAGAGAAAGACUGAACAAGGCUGUGGGAGAGGCUGUCAGCAUCAUCAGCAACUUACUCUCAGUGAACAGGGUUUCUGGCAGGCUGCUGUUGAACCGGGACAUCAAUAAAUACUGCAAGUCGAUCUGGAAGAACUCCAACGCACCCAACUACAACAAGUGUGGAAUGGUUAACGAAAAUUACAGGACAGAAACCUGCUUGGACGUGACGAUCCCAGAUGAUCACCUCAUUGGCUACGAAGUGUGGUCUGAGACUGGCCCUCUGCCCCUCCCCAUUAAGCCCAAUGGGACGGGAGUAGCGGACGCUGACUUCAUCCUCUAUGUGAAAGCAGCCGACACCGAAAAGUGCAGAAACGAGCCAUCGGUCAUCGCCUAUGCCUCAUACUGCCAGGCCGAUGAGACUGACCGCCCCAUAGCCGGAGUUGUGGUCAUCUGUCGAUCCCGGCUGACAGCCAUUGAAUUCAACCAUAGCAAGACCACACUGACUGCUGUCCACGAGCUGCUGCACGCGCUGGGCUUCUCGAAGGAGCUGUUUGACACGUGGAAGGACUGUUCGGACGCCCCUGCAAUUGGAAAGGGUUGCUCUGCACGAGGUCGCGUGACCAAUGUUGACGAGAAUAACCUCGUCAGAAUCUACACCCAGAAUGUUAUCCAGGAGAUGCAAAACCAGUUCAAAUCAGAGUCGGGAGAACUGGGAGGGCCACUGGAAAACAAGGGUAGUAUUGGGGUUCCCUCCUCUCAUUGGGAGGCUCGUUUCCUGCAGGGCUCCAUCAUGACAGCCUCAAUCGGAGAGCCGGGUCAGGUGCAGCUGGACCGGGUCACUCUGGCAGCGCUGCAGGACACGGGCUGGUACCAAGUGAACCACAGCGCUGGGGAGGGACUGGUGUGGGGGGCAGGACAGGGCAGCUCGUUCGGGCUCAUGUCCACUUGUGCUCACAGCUCCUCCCACUUCUUCUGCGUCGGAAGUGGUCAAGGCUGUCACUAUCUACACUUAGACAAAGGAGUUUGUGAUACUGACGACUUUCUGGAGGGCUGUAGAAUAUACAAACCCAUCAACAAUGGGAGCGAGUGUUGGAAAGAAGAGAAUAUGAAAAUCAGUGGAGCGGAGGAGUGGAGCGGAGAGAUUUAUAAUAUGGACAGUCGAUGUUUCUUUUCAAAUCUGUCCAAAGAGAACUCAGGAGUCGCCCAGGUGCAUCGUGGGGAUCUCACAGCGGGCUGUUACCUGCACAGGUGUGUUGGUGAAAACAGGUUCCAGGUUCGAGUUCAGGGGACAGAGUGGAUUAACUGCACUGCAGGGGCUCAGAUACAGAUUCCAGGUUACAAUGGCGUCUUACUCUGCCCUGACGGCCGUCUGUGUCGCAAUCUGAACCAAACCCCACCCACCUCCUCACAAGCCCCAGCUCCAGCCCCUACCGUGACAGCCCCUCCCUCCUCCUCCGACCUCUACGUUCCGCUGGAAAUUCUAUUCCGGAAGGUUCAAAAAGGAAUUGAAACCACCGUGCCUCUGACUGCACAGUACACCGGGCUGGCACUAGGGGCACUGAUGGACGCCACUGAAUUAGAAGGCUGUCACUUUCAGAAUGCAGUUCUGUGGGAGAAGGAGUAUCUCACUCUGGAGCUCUGGCAGUUCCCUGGCUGCGAGACUCCGCCCUUCCCGGUAGCCAAUCAGAGGCUGCAGAGCGCGAUCCAAGAGGGGCGUGUCUCUUACAUCCUCAUGGGGACCAAUUACACAGCUUACCGCGUCAAUGUGCUGGUGUCCCCCCCUGAUCUGCAGAUGACCCUUGUCCCCCCUGUGACCCUGGCCCCCUCGUUGGCCCCUCCUCCCCUGGUCUCUCCCUCCCCCUCAGUGUCCGUGGUUCCGGUAGCGGUGGUGUGUGGGAGUGUGGGUGCCCUGUUCCUGCUGACCCUUCUGUGUGGAGUCCUGCUCACUUUGUACAAGAGACACUUGGCUACUCGGAUGAGGAUUCACGCCACCCCCAUGGCCCCCCCCGCCCCCCCUGCCUCUUCUGCACCCCCAAAUAUCUUCCCUGUGCCCCUACACCUGCUCCCACCCCCGCCUCCCUAUCAAAAAACUGCUCUUAGUAGCGACCAUGCAGUCAAGUACUGCUCAGCGGUGUGAAACUGGAGCCAUUGCGGUUCAAAUGUGGAGAGUACAGGGGAGUACAGGGGUGCUGGAGCCAAGAUGGCAGAUGUAUGGAAGCAGUUUCUUACAGGUUGGAAGAAGUCCACCUUUACUACCAUACAUGGAGGCAGAAUUGUGUAAAAACUAUAGGGCAACUGGAGCCAACGCUGGCAUUGCCCGCUGUGUGCUGGGCAGAGCCUCGGUACUGUGCUGUACACAGGGCAAUGCUGGCGGGACCACACUAUAUAACACUAAUAUAAAACCCUGUAGAGAACUGCAGCAGCUACCCAACAUGGUGUCUAUAUAAAGUUGUAAUCUAGUGCGCUGGCAUUGCCUGUUGUGUGCUGGGCAGAGCCUCACUGUGCUGUACUGUAAACAGGGCAAUGCUGGCAGGACCGCAUUAUAUAACACUAUGAAAUCCUGUAUUGAACUACAGCAGGUGCUGUGCCCAGCACACAGCAGGCAAUGCCAGUGUACUGGAUUACAACUUUAUAUAGACACCAUGUUGAGUAGCUGCUGUAGUUCUGUUGUGCCCACACUACGAAACUAUAGCAAUAUACAGUAGCUAUUCUUAAUCAAAACAUAACACCUUGUAAAUAUAAGCAGCACACAUUUGGAUAUAAAUGUAAUACUGUAGCUCACUUGACUGAUUCACUUAAUAUGCAAGUAGAAUCUCUGACAUGUAUUCUGUAAUGUAUAAAAGCUACAUCUCCCUGCUGCUAGUACCAGUGGGGCAGCAAUAUAGCCGAUUCGACAAACUCUCACAGAGGGCUGAUAGCAGUUGCUUCUGUAUCCAAGACUGUACAAGGAAAAACCAUCUUCAUAAGUGACGGGUUGUUCUGUGUGUUACAUUGAAUGUUGAAAAAUGUUUUAAUAAAAUAAAUAGCAAAA